CCCGAGAAAGUUCAAACAUUGCAACAGCCCGCCCAGUUCUUCUCCCUAAAACCAUCCUCCCUCUCUCUCUCUCCCUCUCUAAGCUCCGAAACGUCUCCAGCUUGCGGAGGUCUUCUUGGAGCUUAAAAGAGAAGACGGCUUGGCUUGUUCAGGUGUGUCAAUCAGCUAUAAAUGAACAAUACGUGACAUUGCAAGACAUCAGACCCACCUUUGAUUCUUGACAUAAUCUGAUCCCCCCGUGGCUCCUGUCGGAAGAUGAAUCAACAGCUUGUCGAUAUGAAGGAGAGUUCAUGGGCUUCUAUUCCCGAAGCUGUUACGGGUCGUGUGACCCGAGCUCGAGCUGCAGCAUUGCGCAUGACUAGUGCUGCUGCUUCACAGGCUCCAAAUGUGUCAACUUUGGGUAAGAAGAAUCAGAGUGAAGCGGAUCCUGAAGGUCUUCUGCGCAAGAGGAAGGCGGUUCUUCAAGAUGUCACGAACAUUCACUGUGAAACCUCUUACAAUGACUGCCUGAAUGCAGCAAAUUUUCUGGCUAAGAGUGGGAAACAGGGCCGCGAAGCUCUGAUAAAGGUUACGAAAGUGAUGAAAUCUGCUUCUGUGGAAAUCUUGAAGCCUCAAGGUGUUCAAAAUCAAAAAGCAAAGCAAUCUGCUAAAGCAUCACGAAAGGAAGCAUGCUCAAGGAAAAUGCCCGUGACGAUGAAGUCAGAUGAAAAUGUAUCUUCUCAGUUGAGUGAAUCAGAAGAUUCCCUUCUCGAUGGAGUUAGUUCGGCAAUUCUGUCACAAGAAGACCAAGGCCCUUCACAGAAGGUAGAAAAAGGAUUGCUAAGUGAGGAUAUACCAAGCAACCCAGAGAUCAUCAACAUCGAUGCAGAUAAGAAGAAUCCUCUGUUGUGUAGCAUCUAUGCACCUGAUAUCUACGACAACCUACGUCUUGCAGAGCUCCUUAGAAGGCCUAAAUGCGGCUAUAUGGAGAUGUUUCAACGGGACAUCACUAAGGGCAUGAGGGGAAUCUUGGUUGAUUGGCUUGUCGAGGUAUCACAAGAGUAUAGCUUGGCUGCAGACACACUGUACAUCACCGUGCAUCUCAUUGACUGGUCUCUCUCCCAAAACUUCAUCGAGAGGCACAGACUCCAACUUCUUGGCAUCACUUGCAUGCUCAUUGCCUCGAAGUACGAAGAAAUCUGUGCUCCUCGGGUAGAUGAACUCUGCUUUAUGACAGAUAACACUUACACGAGAGAAGAGGUAUUGAGAAUGGAAGGCCAACUUUUGAACUAUUUUGACUUCAGAAUAUCUGGACCCACCACAAAAACGUUUCUCAGGAGAUUCCUUCUCGCUGCGCAGGCAAAUUACACGAGUCCUAGUCUUGAUUUGGAGUACUUGGCCGACUAUCUUGCGGAACUGACCCUGAUUGAAUAUGAAUUCUUGAACUUUCUUCCUUCGAUUAUCGCUGCAUCGGCUGUAUUUCUUGCCAAGUGGACUCUUGAUAACUCUUGUCACCCUUGGAACCCGACCUUGGAAUAUUACACGAGAUACAAGGUGUCGGAUCUGAAAACAACAGUCUUUGCUCUGCAAGAUCUACAGCUAAGCAUGAACAGAUGCCCACUGAAUGCUAUCCAGACUAAGUACCGGCAGCAAAAGUUCAAGUCCGUGGCUGGUCUAUCUUCCACCAGUGUGCUGGAAACACUCUUCUGAAGAAAACCAAAUGCUUGACAGGCUGCAACAACUAAUAGUUCCCUCUCGGAACAGUUCCCAUUUUGCUCACGGGGUUUCCACUCACUGCCUUUCCAUUUCUAGGAUAGGAACGUAACAAAUGCUCAAGGUUAUGCGGUCCUCGCAUUUCACGUCCUAGAUUUUGGCCGUUUUAGCCUUUGUUCAUAGGAGGGUACAGACAGUCUCUUUUUGGUCAUGCUCUUUAUUCUUUUUUUCGAUUCUAUCCUGUUUUAUACUUUCCUGUCAGUAGGCAAGAUUCGCCAGUCCUCGGCAUUUCACUCCUGCUGGACAAAUAGCUCAAUCAAAUGUGAAUGUAGAGUCCUUUUUUUCUCAAUAGAUUCAGCGUACUCUAUAUUACUAAGUAUGUUUUAUUAACUGUUA